GGUGUCUGCACCUGUGCUGGACAACAAUCUCACAAUGUCUGACAAGAUCGAAGUCCUCCUCUUUGGCCUCGGCGCCAUCGGCUCCUUCUACGCCUUCAUCCUGCGCAGCUGUCCCCGCGUGCGUCUGACGGUCGUCGCUCGCUCGAAUUACGGGGCUGUCAAGGAGAAUGGCAUCCUGCUGAAAAGCGCCAACCACGGCGAGCACCGCUUCCACCCGGACCGCGUAAUCCGCUCGCCCUCAGAAAUCACCCCAGACUCCGCCCCAUUCGACUACGUCGUCUGCACGAACAAGGCCAUCGACGUGGACACCGUCGCCCGCGCCCUCGCGCCAGCCAUCACGGACCGCACCGCGAUCGUGAUCAUCCAGAACGGGGUAGGCAACGAAGAGCCGUUCCGGCGCUUGUAUGCCGAGAACCCGAUCAUCUCGUGCGUGACAUGGGUAGGAGCCCACCAGCCCACCCCGGGAACAACAACGCACACGACCUCCGAAGCGACGCAACUGGGGCUCUACCCGCCCACCAACCCCUCCGCAGUCCCGAGUCUCUCGACCUUCAUCGACCUCCUCAGCGCCCCGGCGAACCCGCACCCGACGCCGCUGACCCCGCUCGCGCCGGACGCCCUGCAGCGCACCCGCUGGGAGAAGCUGAUGUGGAACUGCGCCUGGAACACGCUGACCACCCUGACGGCGCAGGACUGCCAGGCCUGGCUGCGCUCUUCGGAGGAGGCGCUGCCGCUGACCAAGGGGCUGAUGCGCGAGGUGGUGCGCGUGGCGCACGCGUCCGGCGUGGCCUUGCGCGAGGCCUUGGUCGAGGAGCAGAUCGCCCGCAUGCAGGGGCUCGGGGCGGUGCGGACGAGUAUGCAGACUGAUCGGGAGUUGGGGCGGCGCAUGGAGGUGGAUGUCAUUAUUGGGACGGUGGUGGGGCGGGCGAGGAGGGUUGGGGUCGAUGUGCCUGUGCUGGAGACGGUUUAUGCGUUGAUUAGGGCGGUGGACGGUACGUAA